UAGCUGACAGCGGGUUCUAUUAUCUGUAAAAGCCACUGUCAAUGCGUGCGCGGGUUCUGAAACCCUAAGCGCACUGCGCACCCUCCUCCUCCUCCUCCUCCCUCGGCGCAUUGCACUGCACUGUAUCUCAAUUCAAUUCGCUUCAUCAAUCUCUUUCAAUGGGAAGCAGUUUUUUCUCUCCGCCGGCGAAGCGUUCCAUGCUCGGAAUAUCCGACCCGGACCCGUAUUCCCCAAACGGGUCAUCCAAGCGCGCGAGGUCCUCCAACCACCCUCCGUCAAUCCCCACACCCUCCGGCCACGUCGCCUUCCGCAUCCUCUGUCACUCCUCCCGCAUCGGCGGCGUUAUCGGAAAGUCUGGCGCAGUCAUAAAAAACCUCCAGCAAUCCACCGGUGCUAAGAUCCGAGUCGAGGAUGCUCCGGCAGAGUCGCCUGAUCGAGUCAUUAUGGUCAUCGCCGACGCUGCCUUGACUGGCAGGUGCCAUAUCGGCGGGGAGGAGAUUGAGUUCUCCAAGGCGCAGGAAGCGUUGGUUAAGGUGUUUGAUAGGAUCCUUGAAGUGGCGGAGGAGAUGGGAGGUAUUGAAAUUGGGGACAGGGCGGUGUCUUGCCGGCUGGUGGCGGAUGCGGCACAAGCUGGUUCUGUCAUUGGGAAGGGAGGGACAGUGGUGGAGAAAAUCAAGAAGGAUACUGGAUGCAAAAUUAGGGUUUCCGGGGACAAUAUGCCGGCUUGCACCUCCUCUUCCGACGAAGUGAUUGAGAUAGAAGGCAGCGUGUCAUCCGUAAAGAAGGCACUUAUUGCAGUCUCUCGCCGCCUUCAAGAUUGUAGUGCUGCUGAUAGAACAAAGAUGGUGGGAAGCAAACCUUAUGAAGUGUUUCAGCAUGAGACUUUACCUGCAGUUCCACGUGAGACAUUUACUGAUCGUCAUAUGGAUCAUCUUCUGCAGAGAAGCUCUGCACUAUCCAGUAGCUCAAACAGCUAUGCUGCUGGAGUUCAUUCAUUGCCAGCUGAAGUUAAUAGAGUUUCACCCCGGGAAUCAAAAGCACUUCAGCAGGAAGUCACCUUCAAAAUUAUAUGUUCAAAUGAUAGAGUUGGAGGUGUUAUUGGAAAGGGUGGCAGUAUUGUUAGAGCUCUUCAGAGCGAAACAGGGGCCACUAUAAGUAUUGGUCCUGCAGUUGCUGACUGUGAUGAUCGAUUAAUUUCUAUUACCGCUUCAGAGAAUCCUGAAUCAAGAUAUUCCCCAGCACAAAAGGCUGUUGUGCUUGUUUUCUCCAGGUCUGUCGAGGCUGCUAUUGAGAAGGGGAUAGAUUCUGGAUUAAAUAAAGGGUCAUCUGUUACAGCACGACUUGUAGUCCCAUCGAAUCAAGUUGGUUGUUUGUUAGGAAAAGGUGGAGUAAUAGUGUCAGAAAUGCGGAGGGCAACAGGAGCUAGCAUAAGAAUAAUUGGGGCUGAUCAGGUUCCAAAAUGUGCAUCAGAUAAUGAUCAAGUGGUACAGAUAUCAGGAGAGUUUUCGAAUGUGCAAGAUGCAUUAUAUAAUGCAACUGGUAGACUAAGAGAUAAUCUUUUGGGCAGCACACAGGGUAGUGCUGCAACAAGGAGCCUUUCCUCUGUUCGAGCUGAUACCAGUCCUUACGGGAGACUUAGGGACAGUGCUGGAACAAGGAACCUUUCCUCUGUUCGAGCUGAUACCAGUCCUUAUGAGAAACUGAGGGAUAUUGCUCCUAUUGGAGGCCAACCAGCUAUUGGCAUUUCUCAUGGUCUUAGCAGACAUACUUUUCCUCAAGACAUUGAUCAUGUUGCUCUUACCAGAAAUUUAGACCGUCCUUCACAUACUUUUCCUCAAGAAAUUGAUCAUCUUGCUCUUACUAGAAAUUUAGACCGUCCUUCUUCACGUACUUUUCCUCAAGACAUUGAUCAUCUUGCUCUUUCUAGAAAUUUAGACCGUCCUUCUUCACAUACUUUUCCUCAAGACAUUGAUCAUCUUGCUUUUACUAGAAAUUUAGACCGCCCUCCUUCACAUACUUUUCCUCAAGAUAUUGAUCAUCUUGCUCGUCCUAGAAAUUUAGAUCAUCCUCCUUCACAUACUUUUUCUCAAGACAUUGAUCAUCUUGCUCGAUCUAGAAAUUUAGAUCAUCCUCCUUCACAUACUUUCCCUCAAGACAUUGAUCAUCGUGCUCGUACUAGACAUUUAGAUCGUUCUUCUUCACCAGGGCUAUGGACACCACCGGCAGUUGCUGGGAUAAAUUCAAGAGGCAUUAAUGAAGCUAGUUGGGGAUUGACAUCUCGAAGAGGCGGCUUAGAACUUGUCAGUGGAAGCAAAUCUGCUAUUGUGACUAAUACAACUGUAGAAAUUGUGGUACCUGAGGAUACUAUUGAUUCUGUGUAUGGGGAAAAUGGUAGCAAUCUGGCUCGGCUUAGACAGAUUUCAGGUGCUAAAGUUGUUGUCCAUCAACCUCAUCCUGGAUCAAGUGAGAGGAUUAUUGUCAUAUCCGGUUCACCUGAUGAAACCCAAGCGGCACAGAGCCUUCUCCAAUCAUUUAUUCUUAGUGGAUCAUGACAUAUCCCUUUUUUUUGACAUAGGUUUUAUGUUUUGUUUGUUGAUUGUAUUGUCUUCUGUUCUCCUCCCCCCUCCUUAAUCAUGUAACAUCUGGCCUUGUAAAAUUUCCUACCAGUCAUCAUUGUUAAAUUGAUUCAGCUCAGUCAACUUCUUCAGUGUAUUUAAUUAAUUUAGCAUCAAUGGCUUGGUUCUUUUGGUGAAUACUUAACAGUAAAUUAAAUAACAAGAUUUUGCUUUUCUUGUUU